AUGAUAGAACGCCGGCAGGGCAGUCCAGGUACACUCCAAUCCGGGAGGACAGCGGGGCGUUUAUUUCAGACGUCUGGAGUAGGUGGGCGCAAGAAAGUGUUUCGAUUGGCUGAUGUGAUCCAGCCCCUGUCGGAGGCUCAGGUUGAGAAGCUGACAAGCAUGUCAGUCAAGCGCAUUCUCCAAUCGGAGAAGGCCAUCGCUCGCAGUGGGAUGUCCCAUGUGCGUGUGAAGAUCCUGUCCCGUCUGGUCACUCAGUUCGAGGGCAGCAUGAAGGCGGAGGUGCUGGACUUCGUGCUGGAGGACAUUCGGAACCGCAGCGACCUGGCCUUCGCCCUGCUCUACCAGGAGUACAACGCGUACUUGAGCGACUACCCCUCUGGCUCCCUGGACAGCUACGACGAGUGUCUGAUCGGACUGCUGUCCGGGCUGCAGGAGAAACCCGACCAGAGGGAUGGGUUGUUUACAAAGCUGGUGCUGGAAGCUCCGCUGAUAACAGAGACAGCCCUGGAAGUGAUCCGCAGAUACUGUGAGGAUGAGACCCGUGUGUAUCUGGGGAUGACCACACUGCGAGACCUGAUCUUCAAGCGCCCGUCCAGGCAGUUCCAGUACCUGCACGUGCUGUUGGACCUCAGCUCCCAUGAGAAGGACAAGGUGCGCACACAUGCACUGACCUUCAUUAAGAGGAUGUACGAGAAGGACCAGCUGCGUGAUUACAUCGAGAAGUUUGCCCUGAACUACAUGCAGCUGCUCGUCCACCCCAACCCUCCGUCGAUGCUGUUCGGGGCCGACCAGGAUACAGAGGUGGCAGCCCCCUGGUCGGAGGACACGGUGAAGCAGUGUCUGUACCUGUACCUAACUCUCCUCCCCCUGAGCCACAAACUGAUCCAUGAGCUGGCGUCGGUCUACACAGAGGCCAUCGCUGACAUCAAGCGCACUGUGCUGCGGGUCAUUGAACAGCCUAUUCGCGGCAUGGGGAUGAGCUCUCCGGAGCUGCUCCUGCUGGUUGAGAACUGUCCGAAGGGGGCGGAGACCCUUGUGACCCGCUGCCUGCACAUCCUCACUGAUAAAGUCCCCCCGUCCCAGGAGCUGGUGAGGCGUGUGAGGGACCUGUACCAGAAGAGAGUCCCGGAUGUGCGCUUCCUCAUCCCAGUGCUCAACGGGCUGGAGAAGAAAGAAGUGAUCCAGGCCUUGCCCAAACUAAUCAAGUUAAACCCAAUCGUGGUUAAGGAAGUAUUUAACAGACUCCUUGGCACACAACACAGUGAAGGCAGCUCAACAGUGUCCCCUUUGACCCCGGGAGAGCUCUUGAUAUCACUGCACAACAUCGACUCCACCAGGUGUGACAUGAAGAGUAUUAUAAAAGCCACAAACCUGUGUUUCGGGGAGAAGAACGUGUACACGUCAGAGGUGCUGGCUGUGGUGAUGCAGCACCUGAUGGAGCAGAGCCCGCUUCCCAUGCUGCUGAUGAGGACGGUCAUCCAGUCUCUCACCAUGUAUCCCCGGCUUAGCGGCUUCGUCAUGAACAUCCUGUCCCGCCUCAUCAUCAAGCAGGUGUGGAAGUACCCCAAGGUUUGGGAGGGCUUUAUCAAGUGCUGCCAGCGGACGAAGCCCCAGUCGUUUGCAGUGCUGCUGCAGCUCCCCCCUCCACAGCUCAGCAGUGUUUUCGACAAAUGUCCAGAGCUGAGGGACCCCCUGCUGGUCCACGUCCGCUCCUUCACCCCACACCAGCAAGCCCACAUUCCCAGGUCCGUCAUGACUGUCCUGGAGGCGAACCUGAAACCGGAUCCGGAACCUCCAGAACCCAAGGAGCACGACGAGCCGGAGCCCCCUGGUGGAGGGGGGGCACCCCGGGCCACGCUGCCGGACGUCAUGGCAGCUCGGCUGGAGCAGGAGAAAGAGCUGAAGAGGCAGCUGGAGGAGGAGCAUCAGCGAGUGAAGGGGCAUCCAGCAGAGCCGGGGGGCACAGAGCUGGAGGAGGCAAUGGAGCUGCGAGAGGAGGGGGCUGCCAAUGAGGACAGCGCCCUGAUUCUCGACUCCAGCCAGGAGGAUCCCGCACUCGGCAUGAAGGACAACCAAACAGAAGCCGUAAACAAUGAAAUUCUGGAAGACAGUGACAAAUUAAUCCUUGACCAAGUUGAACCAAUGGAAGAGCCCCUUGCAGACUCUAGUCCCACAACCUCCCAGUCGCAGGAAGCCAUGGAGCAGGGUGAAGGAGGAGACUUGCCGGAGGACCUCUACUGUAACGAGAAUCCGAAAAAGGAGAAACAAAUGGAAGAACCCGAGGUGCUCAAUAACCAGAGGGAUCUGGCAACGAGUAACGCCAAGGCGUACCUGCUGAAGAACAGUACGAAGUCCAACAUGAAUCUCUAUGACCACCUGGCUCGGGUUCUGAACAAGAUCCUGGAUGAGCGUCCAGAGAACGUGGUGGACAUGUUUGAGGAGCUCAGCAGGGACAUCAAGAGGUCUCAGUUCUCCAAGAAGAUGGACACCCUUCGCGACGAGCCCGAGAGCUCCGCAGCCUUCGAUCUCGCUGAGAUUCAGAAGAUGCUGUUCGGCAAGGGGGGAGCCGAGGGAUCAGAGGGGCAGGAGGAAGAGCUGGUAGAGACCCCGCUCCCCAACGUAAUGGAGCUGGCGUUCUACUUUGAGCAGGCUGGGGUAGGUCUCAGUCGGGAGGAGACGUACUGUAUCUACCUGGCUCUCAAACAGCUGGUAGACAGCCAGCCCUUGCAGAAAUGUCGCUUCUGGGGGAAGAUCCUGGGCACGCAGGGCAACUACAUAGUGGCAGAAGUGGAGUACCGAGAGGGGGAGGAGGAAGAGGAGGAGGGGGGCGAGGAAGGCAUUCAUGAGGCAGAGAAAGAUUAUGGAAAGGAUGAUGUUGAGGACAAAGAAAGGCAAGAGGACUUAGACCCGCUCCCGAAAUCCAACUACAAACCGCCCCCUGUCGUCCCCAAAGAGGACAACCACACUGGGGUGAACAAGUUCACCUACUUUGUCUGCAGUGAGCCUGGGAAGCCCUGGAUCAAGCUGCCGCAGCUGACACCAGCACACAUCGUAGCUGCCAGGGAAAUCAAGAAGUUCUUCACAGGCCACCUGGACACCCCAAUUGUCAGCUGCCCACCUUUCCCUGGAAACGAGGCCGCCUACCUGCGGGCGCAGAUCGCCCGGAUCUCAGCGGGCACACACAUCAGUCCACUGGGGUUCUACCACUUCGGAGAGGAGGAAGGUGAGGAGGAGGAGGAGGCUGUGAGGGACAGCUUUGAGGAGAAUCCCGAUUUUGAGGGGACCCCCGUUGGUGAGCUGGUGCAUAACUCAACCUGGGUACACCACGUGCAGCACAUCCUCCCACAGGGCCGCUGUGUCUGGGUGAAUCUAGCACAGAAGAAAGAAGAUGAUUUUGAAGAGGGGGAAGAGGAAGAGGAGAAGGAGGAAGAACCAGAUGAGCCUGAGCCUGAGGUGGGACCUCCCCUCCUGACCCCCGUGUCUGAGGACGCAGAAAUCAACAAUACGCCUCCAUGGACAGGAAGGCUCUCUUCGGAUCUGAUUCCGCAGUAUGCAGUAGCUGUUAUGAAAUCAAACCUCUGGCCAGGAGCUUAUGCUUUUGCAACUGGAAAAAAGUUUGAAAACAUCUACCUGGGAUGGGGCCACAAGUACAGCGCUGAGAACUACAGCCCCCCUGCACCUGCGCUGCUGCAGCAAGAGUACCCGAGUGGCCCCGAGAUCACGGAGGUGGACGACCCCUCUGUGGAGGAGGAGCAGGCUCUCAAGGCAGCGCUGGAGGAGCAGAAGGCAGCCAUGGAGGAGAUGGAGGACAUGGAGGAGGAGGAAGAGGAGGAUGACUGACCUCCCCAGUCACCCAGCUCCACCACCACCACCAAUCAGACUGACCUCCCCCAGUCACCCAGCUCCACCACCACCACCAAUCAGACUGACCUCCCCCAGUCACCCAGCUCCACCACCACCACCAAUCAUCAGACUGACCUCCCCAGUCACCCAGCUCCACCACCACCACCAAUCAUCAGACUGACCUCCCCAGUCACCCAGCUCCACCACCACCACCAAUCAUCAGACUGACCUCCCCAGUCACCCAGCUCCACCACCACCACCAAUCAGACUGACCUCCCCCAGUCACCCAGCUCCACCACCACCACCAAUCAUCAGACUGACCUCCCCCAGUCACCCAGCUCCACCACCACCACCAAUCAGACUGACCUCCCCCAGUCACCCAGCUCCACCACCACCAAUCAUCAGACUGACCUUCCCCAGUCACCCAGCUCCACCACCACCACCAAUCAGACUGACCUCCCCCAGUCACCCAGCUCCACCACCACCACCAAUCAGACUGACCUCCCCCAGUCACCCAGC